AUGUUCGGACCAAACUUCUAUAGCAAUGAUAUCCCACACUAUGCAAUUCUGUCGCAUAGAUGGGAAUCCAACGAGAUCUCUUACCAAGACAUGCGUAACACAAAGAAGCAUGAGAACAAGCAAGGCUUCCGCAAAAUUGACCAAUUCCGUCAGCUGGCGCUGAGGGAUGGCUAUAAAUAUAAGAAGUUUGGCACGGCCCGAGAUUUGAAAAAGAGCAUCAACGAAGUGACGAAAAUUAGUGUCAAAAACUUAAUUAGAGAAACAAACUUAGAGACACUCCGAGUGGGAAGCGUUAUGGCUUGGGCCUCGAAGCGACGGACUACUCGAGUUGAGGAUCGUGCUUACUCGCUACUCGGCCUCUUUAAGAUUAAUCUGCCGAUGUUAUAUGGCCAAAGAGAGCGAGCAUUUCAGCGCCUCCAAGAGGAAAUACUUAAAGUAAAUGAUGAUGCCUCUAUACUAGCAUGGAGCUAUAUAGAUACUGACACUGACUUUACAUCUAAUGGUCUGGCUACUUCGCCAGCCAAUUUCCAGAAGUAUCCAAGUUUGGUAUGCCCAAUGAAGGAGGAAAUACAUUCAUUUGUGAACCUCAAUUCUACAUUAACGCCGCAAGGCCUGCAAACGACAUUAAGGAUCCGGAGAGAUCCAAUCGAUCACGCAAUCGGAUACACUGUUCUAGUAGACCACAAAGGCCAACGCUUAAGAAACCAGACAUCUUUAUCUUUAAUUAUCCCUUUAAUGUUCCUCAGAACGGCUCCCUCUCGAUUAGCUGCAGAAAAUGAGUACGUCAGGUUCUCGGAUCCUGUUUGGGUCAAGUCGAGUUUUGUCGAAAAGGCCGUGCCAGAGCUAGUUUGUUUCAUCAGAAAAGCUAAAGCACUGGAUAUCAAUUUCAAGUGCGAUGGAUUUAGCCUUGGCUCGAGGCCGCAGACUGGAAAUUGGCAUUUUCCCGCCGUUCUUAGUGGAUUAUCACGAAAAGUGAAAUGCAAUCAGCGAGAGUAUACCUUCAUCUUAGAAUUGAUGGCUCGUAACCAGGCGUCGGAAAUAUUUGUUGUAUUGAUUGACUAUCAGCUACACAAACACAGACCGCUCAGUAUAUCAAAUGUUACAGUUAUCAACAUUAAGAGGCCGCUGUAUCUAGCAAAUGCAGUACGUAUAGCGGAAAUUCGGUCAGCACGAAACGAAUACACCAAGCGUGAUCUUCUUGAUGGUUAUAGAAAAGCAAUUCCUAUAAAGGACAUUGUUCGAGUACAUGAAUUCAACAGUUACUGGAUUCAUGCUGAAGAUAACGAUUUCGACAUGCCACCGCCUCGCCCGGCUGGGGAAAUCUCAACUAUGCAACUUAAUACUAUUACAGCGGUGCGAAAAAACAAGGGACCGCAAAAUGAAAAUACACACAUGAGUUGACAACAUGAACACUAUUUUACCACUUAAACAGUGGAUGCAUAAGUGAUUGAAGAGAGGGGAGGGAC